GCUGCAGCUCUUCAGGUGCGUCUCUUUAGCUCAGCACACACCUGUCACACAGCAACAUGCUGCCAGCAAAUCUAUUGAUCAUGUCCAUGGCCGUCUUUUUGACAACAGCAGUUUCUACCGCUCCCUUGGAGGAGAAGGAGCUGGAGGAGGUGGAGGUUGAGGCCACAGAGGAGGGGGAGGUGUCCGAGGAGGAGGAGGAUGAUGAUGACUCCAAGAGUCAAGAUAAGAUUGAGGGAGCAUUUGGUGGGCAGCGGACCACCACGGCAACGGUGGUGGCAGUGGGGGCUGCUGGGGGUUCAGGUGUCUCCUCUGACAUUCAGGAUCUAAGUGCUUCCAGUGGUCAAACAGCAGGGGGAAGAACACAUGAAGGAACAGCCGGAAGCUCAGCAGGUAAACCAGGUUCUGCAGCAGCUGAGAUCUCUGAUGUUUCCACAGCUUUGAUCCAUUCUGCAGGAGACAAGCAUUCUUCUGCUUUAUCUCACACAGAAACAAAUGGUUCUGCAGGAGCUGUCUCAGAGACCAACAGUAAUGGACAGAAGCUCCUGAAUGGAGGAGGAGGGGGUGGAGUUGGCAGUCAGACAGAUGCUGUGGGAUUCUUUCAGGGUGACGUUUCUCACCUGGGUCUUACAGGAUCCAUAGAGCCAUCUAGCCAUGACUUCCUGCUUGGCAUGAUGGGUGGUGAUGCUUUCGGUCCAGAUGGUCACGUUAACAUCCCAGGUAACAUGACAGCACCCUCUCACCUGGAGCCUUCAGGUGUGACAGCAACUCCACAUGCAGAUCAGAACAGUCUGAACUCACUUGCAGAUCUUGUUCAUCAUUCUGAUACCAUCGUUGAUCAGCCAGGACCAGAUCAAACUUUCCUGAGUUCAGGACCUGACCAAUCAUUACCCAGUUCUGUCUCUGGCUCCUCCCACUCUGCAGGGGCAGUGUCUUCAUCCUCAACACACAUUGAAGCUCUCAGAGACCAGAAAGAUGCAGCUGAUUCAGCUGGUACUGAUGGAAACGGUCGACAGACCCUGUUGACAGACACAAAUGGAGCAGAGACAGAAAAACUGGUUUCCUUCAGCGAUCUUUAUACUGAUCUCACAGGUGGUGCAGAGUCAGUAACCAGGAUUAACGUCAAUCUCACAGCUCCAGGUCUUGGAUUCGGGCAUGAUGUCACAGAGUCUCCAUCCAUUAUGAUCCAAACUGCGUCUGUCGAUGUCACACAGACACAUAACCCAGUUUCAGGCAUUCACCCUCACACAGAUCUGGUUACCAUGACAGCAGACUUCUCUGGGACAGAUACAGUUGCAACAGAUCAUACAGGAAGGCUUCUCGACUCUAGUCCUCCAGCUGUGACAGAUCACACACAGAUGGCUGGUUCAGUUACUGAACAGUACAACCCAUCUGGUCAGGGUCCUGAAGGUACAGAAAAUGUGGAACUGGAGGAUACCUGCUGACUUCCACAUCAAACCGCGAGUUCGCUUCCUGCGUUACCGUUUCCAGUGUACCGACCAAUCAGCACGGCCAAUGAAAUCUGACCCCUCCCACUAGCUGUAGGCCCCUCCAGUGAAUGGCAGCAGGUGUUUUUUUUUUGUUUGUUUGUUUUUUUAAUAUUUAAAAAUGUCGGUUUAUAGACAUUUAUUUUGUCUUAGAGAAUCAUGGAGGGAAAGUAAAGAAAAUUAGUCUCAACAGUGUGCUGAUUCAGAUUUGAUCUGAUGACAAAAAGGAAGUGACAUGUUCAUUGUAAAACAUGGUUUAAAAAUUCUGUAAUAAAUGUGUUUGUUGAUCAUCAAAACUGAGAAUUUGUCUUUUGCCCAAACUGGUCACUAAACUGUCGUCCUGGAUUUUGUGAGCUCUGAAUAAAUCUUAUUAUUCAUCACUGAUUGAAGAAAAUAAGAACAACCCCAGGUUUCUUAGACUCCAUUUCUUAAAAUUUUCUGGACCACCACGCCACAUGAUGUCCGUCUAGUUGACACAGCCCAGGUCCACAUCACCCUGAACCCUGGUGAAGGUCUGGUCUGGUGACCCCAGUACGACACUAUAAACGGAUUACUGGAGGCCAGUGUGAUCAUCCCAUAUCAAUCAUCAUGGAAUAUGCCAAUACUUCCCGUCUUUAUGGGCCCAGGUAAGGGUAGAUGAAUGGUACAGGAUUUUAGACCCGUGAACAACACCACAACACCAGACGUUCUUCAUCCCACUGUAACCAUUUGCUUUACUCAUCUUCCUGUUUAGGUUUGGAGGCAAAGUCACCCUCUACAAUGUAGGCGAUUGUAAAUUCUUCUUAAUUUUCUCUGCUCAUGUUCUACAUCCUGCUUCUAUCAUUUAAGAAACAUUUCUAAAUUGAGCCCUAUAGUAUCUCAUUCUGAACUGGAGAUUGUUAUUCGUGCAUUCAUUUCAUCGUAAUUGGACUACUGUAAUUCACUGUUUACAUGUCUAAACAAAAACUCCCUGGAGCGUCUGCAGAUUGUCCAAAAUGCUGCAGCAAGGAUUCUGACAAAAACAUCUAAGUACUCUCAUGUAACACCAUUGCUUAUACAGCUGCACUGGCUCCCCGUUGAAUUCAGAGUCCAUUUUAAGAUACUGGUUCUGACAUUUAAAGCUCUUCAAGGACAAGCACCAGCCUACAUCAUUGACCUUUUACAGCCCUAUGUCCCUAUAGUAGG